AUGAUUUACUUUGAGACUCAAUCCGAGCGUCUCUGCGGCGUUCACGCCCUAAACGCCUUGCUCCAACACGGCGCCUUCGCCCCGGGUGACUUAGCCGAGAUCGCCCAGGCCCUCGACGCUAAGGAGCGCGUCUUACUGAGCGAAGAAGUCGCAACGACCUCGUCGAGAGCGAACGAGCAAUCAGAGAACGUCUCGCGCGACGGAAACUUCAGCGUCCAGGUCUUAGAGAGCGCUCUGUCGAUUUACGGACUCGUCAUGCGCCCGAUCACGUCGCCGAAGGAGCGUGAGAUGCGGCCGGACUUGGAGAGAGGAUUUUUGUGCAACCUGUCCGAGCACUGGUUCGCCUUGCGAAGAGUGGACUCGACGUGGUGGGAUCUGAACUCGAUCAAGAGGGCGCCGAGGAAGAUUGGGGAGUUUUAUCUCGAGGCGUUCCUCGAUCAGCUCAAGGGCGAGGGCUGGUCGGUGUUCGUGGUGAGAGAUUUGGAGGGCGUGCCGAUAACGGACGAGCAGCGAGGGUCGACGACGACAUACGGAAAGUGGUUCACGGAGGAGGAAGCGAUUGCGUUGAGUGCCGAGGCGGACGCGGCGCAGGCUUCAGGGCGAACGAGGCUGGCGGCGGAGAAGGCGUUGCGGGCGAUUGGAGAGGGGGCGAAGACGUUGGUCGUGCCGGAUGUCGUGGACGUCACCGGCGAAGACGAUCCCGAGUUAAAAGCCGCGCUCGAGGCGAGCAUGAACGAUCACAGGCAACGGAAUGUAGAUAUCACCACCAACGACGCCGAUGCUGAUCUUGACGCAGCUAUAGCGGCGAGCUUGGCGGACGCGGGCGCUGGUUUCAAUGACUCUGGAGACGCAUUGGAACGCGCGAUUGCAGCAAGCUUAGAAAACGUGGACCGAGUAGACGCGGCCACGGAAGCGGCGAUCGCGGCAAGUUUGGCAGAAGAUCGCACCAGCACUAAACGAAGUUUUGAGGAAGAUACAACGCCGAUAGAGGACGAGCCGGAUGUUGGCGAAGGCGUAGUAUUGCUCGCAUUUCGGCUCCCAAGUGGCGAUCGAAUGACGCGACGAUUCGUCGAUUCGGCCACUGUCUCCGAUCUCGAGCGAUUCAUCAAAGCCAAGGCGCUCGUAGAUGUCACCGUGAACUGCCUCGCCGUCGCGUUUCCUCCACGUGCUCUCUCUGACGCUUCGAUGUCGCUCGCCGAAGCCGGCAUUGCCGAUAAGGAUGUCCUGACCGUCAGACCGCGAUGA